GAUGGAUGCAGGAGCAUUCAGUGUCCUCACGGCUACAGUCGUAACAUUGCUAAAAAGCGGAAAGAAUGGCUCGAUUAAGUUGUAUCGCGCUGAUCGUUGGACUCGCCCUGGUGUGCGUGCUCGCCAAGGAGGAAUUUUAUUCUGAUCGGUUCGAUGAUGUUGACAUUCCGGCUAUUUUCAAUAAUAACAAACUGCGACGACAAUAUUACUCGUGCUUGAUGGACACUGGGCCGUGCGCCACGGCACCUCAAAGAUUCAUUAAAGAUAUUUUCGGCGAGAUCAUUCAAACUCAAUGCAAAAAAUGUACUGAAAAGCAAAAAGGGAUGUUCGAGUACAUAAUCGAAUGGUACACAGAGCAUGAACCUGUUGAAUGGCAAGCACUUGUUACAAAGUUGCUGGCAGAUUUACAGAAAAAAGCUUGAGAAGCAUAAAACAUGGAACAUGGAACGAUAAUACUGCAUCUGUGAAAUUGUUAAAAUACUUCAACAUAUAAUAUUCUCUUCAUACAAAAAGAAAACUAACAUUAAUUAAUUAACCUAUAAUAAUCAUUGUUAUGAUUGUUAAUGAUGAGUGUAUACUGUAAUAUAUUAGAUUAAAAAAGUUACAAAUGACAUAUAA